AUGGGCACCUUCCACGCGCCGUUCCCCGGCUCCCGGCCCAUCUUCCACACAGCCGGCCCCGAGUUCUCCUCCACCACCGCUUCCGCCGACGCCGAAUUCUCCUCCAUGCUCACCCUCCUCGCCAUGCAAGACGACGUCGGCGCCUGCGCGCCCAUCCCCGCCGACGCCGCGCCUUUGCCAGCCUUCUUCCCCGAUGGACACGACCAACAACCCUUGGCUGGCGUCGGCGUGACGAUGCCCCCGCAGAUUUUUGUCGAUGCGAUGGUGACUCCCAGCAGGGUUCACGGCUUCCCAGCUGCGGGCCACGAAGCCACGAACAACGGCGCCUCCCGACCGGCCAAGAGGAAGCGGUGGCCGCAGACGACAAGGUCGCCGCCGUCCGACGACAGCGCUGGCAGCGGGGGCCAGGCCCAGGUGCCGGCAGCAGCGGACAGGGCCAGGGCCAGGCGGCGGGUGUGGGUGCGGGAGCGGAGCACCGAGUGGUGGGACCGCCUGGACGCGCCCGCGUGCCCGGACGCCGAGUUCCGGCGGGCCUUCCGCAUGUCCCGCGCCACGUUCAGCGCGCUCUGCGACGCGCUAGGCGGCGCUGUCGCCAAGGAGGACACCGCGCUGCGCGCCGCCGUCCCCGUGCGCCGGCGCGUGGCGGCCUGCCUCUGGCGCCUCGCCACGGGGGAGCCCCUCCGCGAGGUCUCCCGCCGCUUCGGCCUCGGCAUCUCCACCUGCCACAGCAUCGUGCUCCAGGUCUGCCACGCCCUCGCCACCGUGCUCAAGCCCGGGGCCAUCUUCUGGCCGGACGCCCCCGCCGCCGCCGUCGCGGCCAGGUUCGAGGCCGCGUCCGGGAUUCCCGGCGUCGUCGGCGCUGUCUGCACCACGCGCGUCCCCAUCGUCGCGCCCAAGGCCAACGUCGCCGCGUACUACGACCGCCGCCUGACCACGCGCAACCAGAAGGCGUCCUACUCCGUCGCCGUCCAGGCCGUCGCGGACGCCCACGGCGCGUUCACCGACGUCUUCAUCAGCCACGGUUCACUGUCCGACGCCGCCUUGCUCGCCAGGUCGGCGCUCUGCGCGGGCCGAGGCGAGUCGUCUGGCCUGCUCGGGGGCCAGCAAUGGCUGGUGGGCGGCGCGAGCUACCCGUUAACGGACUGGAUGCUCGUGCCGUACGCGCACCGGAACCUGACGUGGGCGGAACACAAGUUCAACGAGCGAGUCGCGGCGGCGCGCGGCGCGGCGCGGGGCGCGAUCCGGCGGCUCAAGGCGCGGUGGCGGUGCCUGCAGCGCCGCACCGAGGUGAAGAUGCAGGAUCUCCCCAACCUUAUCGACGCCUGCUGCGUGCUGCACAAUAUCUGCGAGCGCGCCGGCGAGGGGCUCGACCCCGACCUCAUGCAGUACGAGGUCGACGACGACGAAGAUGGCGUCGUCCCCCACGACGACGUGCCCUCUGCAAUGGAGGCCCAGGAGCGUGACAGGAUCGCGCAUGGCCUCCUCCACGGCAACCAUGCCAACGACGGAGCUUUUUAG